AUGGCAUUGAUACAAAGGACUCCGGCAGGCAUCCUUAGCUGCCUGGCAGCUUGCUUCUCUACAACUGCUCUCGCCACUUUCAUCACACUAUUCGCAGCCUCCGUCCUCGUACCCACUCCCAUACAUGUGCACGCAACUGUGGCUGCUGUGUUGGACAUUUUGGCCAUCACAAUUCUUUUCGUUUUCGUAGUCUUUUAUACCUGCACUCCUCGCGAUCUCAAGUCUCACAGAUGGACUCUAGCAGUUGUGGUACUCACGCCAUUUGCAAUCGCAAUGAUCAUGUCGAUCUACGUUCUUGGUUGGAUGUACAAUAACCUACCGUUGAUCGAAACACAUGGCCACCCUGAAAGUCUCGCAUCCAUGGUCGCCGCGGCUCUCGCAAUGUGGGUUCUAUCACUCAUCACCCUUGGCGUUUAUGGUGGGCUCUAUUGGAGAUCAAAGUCAUCGUUGCCCGACUCGGUGCUAUUCACUUCAGAUCCACUUCAAAGCUGCAUGGACCUCGGAGAGCAAAAAACUCAAGCGCUCUCAUUGAACACUUUAUCCCCUUACUCAGCGAGUUUCAACCGACCAGUAUCAACGUUUUCCGAUGCAUCCGAAGACCAAUCAAACGGCAUCAAGUCUACUGUCCGCAAUUCUGUACAAAACUUCCUUCGACACGGCAAGGGCUCGAAGAAUGCACCCAAGCACUCGAAAGAGAGUGUGCGAUCAGACUCGAUCUCUGAGCGCAGACCUUCGGAUGGGUUUGAAACCUGGAGCGUCGUACCAACACCUACCACAGCUGAGGCAACAGACGCUUUGACAGCUCUGCGUGUCGCGCAACCCCAUCGACUCGAGACUAUCCCUGGCAGCAGACCAGUAUCCCCUGCUUACCCUCUUGAUGGGCCUUUUCCGGAGGCGUGCGAGGAAGACGAGGAGGCUGACGAAGUGCCCGAAUCACCUGAAUUUCCUGCUUUUGCACCAUCCUUGAAUCGCCGCCCGUCACACCAACAACUGAACCAGGACCAGACGCAUAUCCAUCCUUUGUUCCGCAGCGAUAGUCCUUUGCCAUCUCCCGCCGCUUCUCCUGGCACUAUCAUCACUUCUUCGCCAUUCGCUGGCCAGGUCGUCAGUCCUAGUGAUCCUGCAUUUGGCUCACGCAGCCGUAAAGGCUCUGUAUUGGGUUCGCGACCAUCCAGCCCAAACUCCAGUCUCAUUCGAUCUGGUAGUGCUUUGAGUCUACGCAGACCAGCCAGCUCACGGAGCAUCAGAGGUCUUGCAGCACAACAGAGACCUCGAGUGGCCAUGAGCCCUAGUCUCCAAGACUUGAGAGCGGAGUGCGACAUGUCCAUUCAAAGGCCAAAGCCAACAUUACACAAGCGUGAACGGUCCGCUUGA